AUGACUGCAAACGGGAUCCGUAAAAGGGGAAGGCCCCGUAAACAGAAAAAAACAUCUACGAGUGAUGAUGACGAAUAUACUGAUUCGAUGGAUACACAUAAGCGAACGGUGAGCACUAAAAACAAAGAAAGCCCUGAGUUGACAGCUGAUUUGAAGGAAAAAAUUGAACAGGAGUAUUUUUCAACACCACAAUUGCUUUCUUACAAUCCAUGGCACUCGACAACAUCAAAUGGAUCACAUAACUCGUAUAAUCCCGAGGUGAAGUUUAUGCACUUCAAUGGCAUGACAAAACAGUACAAAGCAAAGUUCAAAGCCAGCUCCUUCGGUUUCACCAAUUUUUUUUCUCCAGAUAUCAAGGAAACUUCUGGUAGAAAAUACAACGCUUUUCCUUCUUUUCCGGAUUCAAUAUCCAAUUGUGUGGAGGAGUCUCUUGAGGCUUCAACAUUUCAAUCGAAAGUUCCGUUAUCAAGCACGUUUGAUCUUCGUGUGAAUACAAAUUCGUUAGUCAAGCUUACAAGAAAUUCAAGUCUGAAGUUUCCAAAGGAUGAAAACAUGAGAACUGGCUGUGUUCUAAAUUGUGGAGGACUACCGAUUACCUCGGUUUGGUUUGACAAAAGGCUUUCGUCCGACAAGUCAAACAUUUGCUAUCUAUUUGUAUCUGUGAUGCCAACAAAGCAAACUGUUCCAUCAAAAUUGUCGUCGACAGAUCUCAAAAGUUUAUCCCUUUCCGACUUUGAUUCUUUUGAUUCUACCUUGAUAGUGUAUAGAUAUGAUACGGACGAACAAUUAUUACAGCCAGUGAAAAACAUACUUACAGAAUAUGGAGCCAUAAUUGAGAUGAAGCAACUUCUAAGUUCUGACCCCGAGUCUAGUCUUAUCGCCUGUGUGAAUUCCGAUGGAACCGCAUUUGUUGUUAAGGUCGACGAAGCAUUUCUAAAAGGUCCUCGAUAUUCAAGACUUGUGAAACCUUCGAUCACUCUAUGCUUCACAGAAAAAGAUCUAUCAUUGAAGAUAUUAUGUUGUUCGUGGACUUCCAGACAUACCAUACUCGUUGGAACGAGUGAGGGAUGUGUCGCUGAAUUUGACAUAACUGAUACAAAUCAACCUUUGUAUAUUCUGCCGCUUCACGUUCCCUCAGUAUUAGCAGUUCAAUCGGACUAUGGUUCCGACUUGUAUGGCCCAGAGCCUUGCAAGCCUCGCUCUGACAACAUUUUUUUAUCAAGUGGGGAUUUAAAUGUACUUUUAUUAGAUUUGAAUGAUCCGGCGAGAGUGAUAGAAGGACCCAAGUUCAGAAUUCCAGUUUCGAAUGUGUGUUAUUCCUCUAUUAUUAAUGGAUUCAUCUAUGCCGAUGGUACAAGAACAUUGAAAUACAGUACGGUUAGGGAUUCAUCCACAUCAUUGAAAAUUCGAGUUUAUGAUGAACCACCUCAAUCGGUAUGCUGCUCUGACUAUUCACCGUUGGUUAUUGCAGGCUGUUCCAAUGGAAAUGUUAGAUUAUUAAAUUUUUGCAACCAUGUAGGUCAGCCAUUGAAAAGCGAAAAUGCUGCUAGUUUGAGGAUAUACAAAUUGUCCACGAUUCGUGAGGGAGGUGACCAAUUUCAAUUAAACAUUGGUUAUUCGCUGGAUAGGACUGACGAGCCCACCACAGAAUAUCAUCCAUACGAGAAUUCUCUUACAGUAACAUCCUGUUCAAUCAUGGACCGUCCGGAUAUGAACAAUAUUAUAUUCUCCUGCUAUGCUAAUGGCCUAUUAAUAGUGGAGAAGCUACAAGACGUGAUACAAGAGUAUAAAUAG